AUGGCUUCAGAAUCCAUGGUCCCAGAGCAGGCAAAACAACAGCAGGUGAAGGGGAAGAGGCGGCAGCAGCAGCAAGAGAGGGCUUCCAACAGUGAUGCUGAGGAUGACAUCUUUGUCUUUGAAGCCAAUGAGGCCUGGAAGGAUUUCCACAGCUCUCUUCUUCACUUCUUUGAAGCUGGGGAGCUCUGUGAUAUCACACUGAAGGUUGGCUCCAAGCUGAUCUCCUGCCACAAGCUGGUGCUGGCCUGUGUCAUCCCUUACUUCAGAGCCAUGUUCCUGUCCGAAAUGGCCGAGGCCAAGCAGAGCCUGAUCGAGAUCCGGGACUUCGACGGCGACGCCAUCGAGGACCUGGUGAAGUUCGUCUACUCCUCCCGCCUCACCCUGACGGUGGACAACGUCCAGCCCCUGCUGUACGCCGCCUGCAUCCUGCAGGUGGAGCUGGUGGCCAAGGCCUGCUGCGAGUACAUGAAGCUGCACUUCCACCCUUCCAACUGCCUGGCGGUCAGGGCCUUCGCCGAGAGCCACAACCGCCUGGACCUGAUGGACAUGGCCGACCGCUACGCCUGCGAGCACUUCGCCCAGGUGGUGGAGGGCGAGGACUUCGUCACCGUCACCCCCCAGCACCUCCACAAGCUGCUCUCCUCCAGCGACCUCAACAUCCAGGAUGAGCGGCAGGUCUACGACGCCGCCAUCAAGUGGCUGCUGGCCAACCCCCAGCACCAUGCCGCAUGGCUGGAUGAGAUCCUGGCACAGGUCCGGCUGCCUCUCUUGCCCGUUUGCUUCCUUAUGGGUGUUGUGGCAAAGGAAGAGAUUGUCAAGCAGAAUCUAAAAUGUAGGGAUUUGCUGGAUGAAGCAAGAAACUACCACCUUCACCUGAGCAGCAGGGCAGUGCCAGACUUUGAGUACUCCAUUCGCACAACACCAAGGAAGCAGACUGCUGGUGUGCUGUUCUGUGUGGGGGGCAGAGGAGGCUCGGGGGACCCCUUCCGCAGCAUCGAGUGUUACUGCAUCAGGAGGAACAGUUGGUUCUUCGGCCCCGAGAUGAACAGCAGGAGGAGGCACGUGGGGGUCAUCUCCGUGGGAGGUAAAGUCUAUGCAGUGGGAGGCCAUGAUGGCAAUGAACACUUGGGAAGCAUGGAAGUGUUUGAUCCUCUCACAAACAAGUGGAUGAUGAAGGCAUCAAUGAACACCAAGAGGAGGGGCAUUGCCCUGGCCUCCCUUGGUGGCCCCAUCUAUGCCAUAGGAGGGCUGGAUGACAACACCUGCUUCAGUGAUGUGGAGAGGUACGACAUCGACUGCGACCGCUGGAGCGCCGUGGCCCCCAUGAACACGCCCCGUGGAGGGGUGGGCUCCGUUGCCCUCCUGAACCACGUUUACGCCGUGGGGGGCAACGACGGUGUGGCCUCUCUGUCCAGCGUGGAGAAGUACGACCCCCACCUGGACAAGUGGCUGGAGGUGAAGGAGAUGGGGCAGAGGAGAGCCGGCAACGGCGUCAGCGAGCUGCACGGCUGCCUCUACGUCGUGGGGGGCUUUGACGACAACUCUCCGCUGAGCUCGGUGGAGCGCUUCGACCCCCGCCGGAACCGCUGGGAGGCGGUGGCAGAGCUGACCACGCCCCGGGGCGGGGUGGGCAUCGCCACCCUCAUGGGCAAGAUCUUCGCCGUGGGAGGCCACAACGGCAACGCCUACCUCAACACGGUGGAGGCCUUCGACCCCCUGCUCAAUAGGUGGGAGCUGGUGGGCUCAGUGUCACACUGCAGGGCAGGGGCAGGUGUGGCUGUGUGCUCCUGUCUCAGCAGCCAGAUCCGGGACAUGGGCCAAGGCUCCAGCAACGUCGUGGACUGCAUGUGA